AUGCCCUCUUCUCUCACGCUACUCAGCGUUAGCUCACUCGCUCUAAUCUCGCCUGCCCUGGCCAGCAGCUACAGUCUCGUCCAGACCUGGCAAGGCGAGGGUUUCCUCGAAUACUUCGACUUUUACACCGGCGCAGACCCCACGAAUGGUUUUGUCACCUAUGCUAACCAGAGCUAUGCGGAAAGCUCGGGACUGGUCAAGGUUAACAACAAUGGUUCCUUCUACAUGGGUGUUGACCACACCACCAAGCUAAGCACCGCCGGCCCCGGUCGUGAGUCGGUUCGUAUCGAGAGUAAGAAGUACUACGACCAUGGACUUUUCAUCAUCGAUCUCGCCCACAUGCCCGGUAGCAUCUGCGGUACUUGGCCUGCUUUCUGGUCGACCGGUGCCAAUUGGCCAGCCGACGGUGAAAUCGAUAUCAUCGAGGCCGUCAACAUGAACACUGCCGGCGAGAUUGUCCUCCACACCAGCGGUACAUGCGAAGUCUCCGCCCAGAGUGACAUGACCGGUACUCUGACCGCCACCCAGUGCGGUGAGGAUGCUGGUACCACGGGCUGUGUUGUCAAGGGCUCCGAGGGUUCUUCGGGAACCCCUUUCAACGAGCAGGGUGGUGGUGUUUAUGCUAUGGAGUGGCAGGAGGACUACAUCAAGUUCUGGUACUUUGCUCGUAACGCGAUCCCGUCAUCGAUCACUGAUGGCACCCCUGAUAUUUCUGCUUUUGGCAGCCCCAUGGGCCACCUCCAAGGAUCUUGCAACUUCGCCGAACACUUCAAAUCCCAGAAGUUCAUCUUCGAUACCACCUUCUGUGGUGACUGGGCCGGUGGCGUAUUCCUCUCGUCUGGCUGCCCUAUCAGCGACAAGACUAGUGCUACCAAGAGCUGCGUGGCCUACGUUGCUGAGAACCCUUCUGCCUUUGAGGAAUCUUUCUGGGAGAUCAACUACAUUAAGAUCUUCCAGACCGGUGGAUCGACUGCCUCUGCCUCUGCUUCUGCUUCUGUCUCCACUUCUUCUGUUGGUCACGUCAGCAGUGCCACUGCUGCCGCCCAGACUGUUUCUGCCGCUAGCGAGGCCACGUCUGUUGCCUCUGCGGCUGGCGCUACUACCUCGACUGCUGCCGCCACUAACGCCGCCGCUACCAACGCCGCUGCCACUACCGUCGUUCCUGCCGCCGCCGCCGAGUCCGCCUCGGAGUCUGAAACCACUUCCACGGUCGCUACCGUCGGCGUCGUCUCUGUUGCUGGUGAAACCUCGGACUCUGUGUCCAAGUCCACUCGCUACGUGACCAUCACUGCCACCAACACUGUUUGCUCUGCUGAUCAGACUGGUGCUGGCAGUCUUCUUGGCGGAAGCGCUUCUUCCGAGUCCAGUGCUAGCGCCGCCGGUUCUUCUCCUGCUGCUUCUUCGACUACUGUCAGCGGUGCUAGCGCCCAGGCCAACGGUGGCUCUGACUCUACUGGAUCUACUGGCUCGACUGGCUCGACUGGAUCUACCGGCUCGACUGACUCUACCGGUUCGACUGGCUCUACCGGUUCGACUGGCUCUACCGGUUCGACUGGCUCUACCGGUUCGACUGGCUCU